AUGGAAUCCUCCGGAGUCGCUCUGAUCACAGGCUCUGCUCAGGGAAUCGGCAGAGCCAUUGCUCUCCGCCUCGCAGAGGACGGAUUCCACAUCUCACUCAAUGAUCUUCCUUCAACGGGAGCAGAACUUGAUGUCCUAGCAUCCGAAAUAGCCUCCAAAGGCCGUAAAUUUCAUAUAGUCACUGGAGACGUCUCAUCUGAAUCCGACGUGCAAAGGAUGAUCGGCUCGACAGUCCAUGCUCUAGGAUCCCUUGAUGUAAUGGUCGCUAAUGCAGGCAUAUGCAUGACAAAAAAUAUCAUGUCUACCUCAACAGAAGAAUGGGAUCGAAUUGCUGCCAUUAAUGGUCGUGGGACUUUCCUCUGCUACAAGUACGCCGCAAAGCAGAUGAUUGAUCAAGGCCAUGGCGGGAGAAUUAUCGGGGCAUCAUCCACUGCCGGCAAGACAGCCUCUCCUUCUGUACCGGUAUAUGGUGCAUCCAAGUGGGCUGUACGUGGACUUACGCAGAGUGCCGCGCAUGAGUUCGGUAAAUAUGGUAUCACUGUUAACGCUUAUGCUCCAGGCACGUCUACUGUAUAUGCAUUGAAUCAUAUUAAUUAUGGCGCUGUUAUCAACCCCAGUAAUCCGGAACAAUACUAUAAAGAUGUAAGAGAACGGAGCGAUGUAGGCAGAAACGGGACACCCGCUGAUAUUGCCAACUUGGUAUCAUAUCUUGCAUCCAAGGAGGCUAGCUUCAUUACAGGUACGUAUUUUUGUACCAUCCCUGGUUCUUCCUGA